AUGAUACACAUCCACAUGGUCAAAAACACAGCCGGGUCACCGACGCAAACCAAAAACAAACGUGAAUUGAUCACCGCGGAGUACGUUAGAGCAGUAGUGCGGUCACUGUGCAAAGAGUACUCCGGGGACGUGUACCUGACAGCCCGGGAUGUCGGUCGAGGAACCGCAGCAGUGGAAAGUCUGAAGAAAGAGGGGCUGACAGCGCUCUUCCAUCAGCUGGACAUCACCGACCCUAGCAGCGUCCGCACCGCACGGGACUUCUUCACGGAGAAGUACGACGGCCUGGACGUGCUCAUCAACAACGCUGGGAUCGCCUUCAAAGUGGCAGACACAACCUCCUUUGGGAUCCAAGCAGAUGUGACACUGAAGACUAAUUUCUUUACUACUAGAGAUAUGUGCAAUGUGUUCUUGCCCAUUAUCAAACCAGGAGGUCGGAUAGUGAAUGUCUCCAGCGUAAUGGGCUCGGUGGCUUUAAGCCGCUGCAGUCCAGAACUCCAGGCCUGUUUCCGAAGCAAUGACGAUACAGAGGAAGAGCUUGUUGGGCUGAUGGAGCGUUUCGUCCGUGACGCUCAGGAAGGGGUCCAUGCAGAGCGAGGUUGGCCUAGCACUGCAUAUGGGGUCUCCAAAACUGGCCUCACAACCCUGACUAGAAUCCUAGCCCGAAAUCUGACGAAAGAGAGGCCUGGAGAUAAGAUCCUCUGCAAUGCCUGCUGUCCAGGAUGGGUCAGGACCGGCAUGGCUGGACCAAAUGCAACCAAGUCACCAGAUGAGGGCGCCGUCACUCCAGUGUACUUGGCAUUGCUGCCUGCAGGGGCUAAAGAGCCCCAUGGGCAGUUUGUUUCAGAGAAGAAAGUGCAGCCAUGGUGAGAGGUAGAAAGAGUAAUCAUAUAUGUUUGUGUUGCAAAGCUGGAGUCAAGUUCAGACACACCCAGAGAGACCCAUCAAUAUUUAGACAGGCUAUUUCUAGAAAGUUUUGGGCGGAACUCAGACUGAACCCUUGACAGAAGACUUCAGGUACUCCAAAAAGUUACUAUGUGCAUUGUGUACUUUAUUAUUGUAAAUACAACACAAAAAGCUUUAAAAUUUGAUCAACGUUUUGGUGAAUAGACAAAUUGAAUAUCAUAAUCUGGAAGUUAAAUUUAACAACCAAAAUUUUGUGCUCAAAGAGCCACAUUGCAGGAUUUAUGUGGUUUUAAAGGAAUAGUUCACCAAAAAAGUAAAAAAAAUAGCAGAAAAUGUUCUCAA